AUGACAGCCGACAAGGAGAAGAGAAGGGCAAUAAGCCGCGAGGCUGCCAGGAAGAGACGACGGGUGGAGUCUGACGUGUUCGGGGAUUUAUGUCGUCUCCUGCCUCUCCAAACACCUAUCAGAGAUAACCUGGACAAACCGUCCAUCAUCCGGCUCACGCUGAGCUACAUACGCAUACACGGUCUGCUCAAAGGGAACUCUCUGGUUAAAGCUGAAGGAGGUGACGGUAUUAAAUGUGGACAGUUGAACGGUAAAGAUGAGCCAUGGGAGUGUGACGGAGGACACGAUGAAGAGGAAGAGAAAGAAACAGAGGAAGAUACCAAAAUCUCCAAGGAGACUAACUUGUUCCUUAGGACCCUGGAGGGGUUCCUGAUGGUUCUGUCCACGGACGGAGACAUGAUCUUUCUGUCCGACAACGUCAGCAAGUACAUGGGGUUGACGCAGACAGAGCUGAUGGGACACAAUAUUUUCGAAUUUACACACCCUUGUGACCACGAAGAAAUCAAGAGUAAACUACGCCUAACGACAGAGGAAGUUUGGUGUGGUGGAAAGCGAGACUUUGUCAUGAGGGUUAAAAGCGCUCUGACUCACAGAGGAAGAAGCACCAACCUCAAGUCAGCUACGUGGAAGGUUCUCCACUGCCAGGGCCAAGCAAAGGUGAGCCUUGAUGUGCCUUCGGUUCCCUGCCUGCUGCUGACCUGCCAGCCUCUCCCUCUCUCACAUACACUUCUCAGCACAAAUACCUUCACCAGCCAGCACAGAAUGGACAUGAGGUUCACUUACUGUGACCAGAGAGUGACGUCGCUGUUAGGCUUCGCUCCUGAGGAGCUGCUGGGACGUUCAAUCUACGAUCUGUGUCACACACGAGACACAAACUGUCUGGCCAAAAAUCACAUGAACUUGUGUUGGAAGACUCAGUCGGUCAGUGGGCAGUACAGGAUGCUGGUAAGAAGUGGGGGUUACGUCUGGGUGGAGACUCACAGCGCUGUCAUUCCCAGCGUCAGACCCUCCAAGUCCAGACCAGGUGCCCACCACCCGCUCUGCAUCCUCUGUGUUACCUACGUCCUCAGCGGAGUAGAGGAGCCGUCCCUGCAGCUCUCAUUGGAUCAGACUCUUCUCACAUAUUCGAGCUGAAGCUGGAGCCUGAAAACAAAAACCUGAAUAAACACCAGCUCUAC